AAACGAACUCCUCGCGUAGGCCUGAGCAGCGCUCCUGCAAGAAAUUCAGGGCGUGAGCGGCACGCAUGCAAAAACGUGCGCCGGGAAGCGCCACCUUCCAAAACCCUAUAAAACGACCGUGUCAUGAAACCCCACCAAAUUCAGAUCUGAUUACCCUUUUAAACCUCUCUCUCUCUCUCCCUCUUUCAAAAACCAGCUGCAGCAGGAACAGCAGCAGCGACAGCUCCAUGGAAGACGCCUACGCCAGAUCCGUCACGGAAGUUUUGGAAGCCUUUGGAGUAGACCCCACCAAGGGGCUUACAGAUUUUCAGGCGGUGGAAAAUGCAAAAAUCUAUGGCAGGAACGUGCUGCCUCAAGAGGGAAGCACUCCCUUUUGGAAACUAAUUUUGAAGCAAUUUGAUGAUUUGCUUGUUAAGAUAUUAAUUGUGGCUGCGAUUGUAUCAUUUGUUUUGGCGUUGAUUGAUGGCGAGACAGGCCUGGCUGCAUUCUUAGAACCUUCUGUCAUCCUUAUGAUAUUGGCGGCAAAUGCAGCUGUAGGUGUAAUUACGGAAACAAAUGCUGAGAAGGCUCUUGAGGAGUUGCGUGCAUACCAAGCUGAUGUUGCAACUGUGCUACGAAAUGGUUGCUUAUCAAUACUACCUGCCACAGACCUUGUACCUGGGGAUAUUGUUGAAGUUGGAGUGGGGUGCAAAGUUCCUGCUGAUAUGAGAAUGGUUGAGAUGCUAAGUAAUCAAUUGCGUGUUGAUCAGGCAAUACUUACAGGGGAGAGCUGUUCAGUGGCAAAAGAGCUUGAAUCAACUUUAGCAACAAAUGCUGUGCAUCAGGACAAGACAAACAUCCUCUUCUCAGGAACAAUUGUGGUGGCUGGUAGAGCAAGAGCUAUUGUUGUUGGAGUUGGUUCUAACACUGCAAUGGGCAGCAUACGUGAUGCAAUGUUAAGAACAGGAGAUGAAGCGACACCACUAAAGAAGAAGCUUGAUGAAUUCGGUACAUUCUUGGCCAAGGUUAUUGCAGGUAUUUGUGUCUCAGUUUGGGUUGUAAACAUUGGUCAUUUUCGUGAUCCUUCUCACGGUGGCUUCUUGAGAGGUGCUAUCCAUUACUUCAAGAUUGCAGUUGCUCUUGCAGUGGCAGCAAUUCCUGAAGGGCUUCCUGCUGUUGUUACAACGUGCUUGGCUCUUGGGACAAAAAGAAUGGCACGAAUGAAUGCUAUUGUAAGGUCUUUACCAUCAGUGGAGACCCUGGGCUGCACUACUGUAAUUUGCAGUGACAAAACUGGUACACUCACGACAAACAUGAUGUCUGUGUCAAAGAUCUGCGUGGUUCGUUCCCCACACCAUGGUACUAUCACCACCGAGUACACUGUUAGUGGAACAACAUAUGCACCGGAAGGCAGAAUUUUUGAUGCUGAGGGAAUUCAGGUUGAAUUUCCUGCGCAUUUUCCCUGUCUUCUACACAUAUCAAUGUGUUCUGCCCUUUGCAAUGAAUCUACUUUACAAUACAACCCAGACAAGGGAAACUAUGACAAAAUUGGCGAGUCAACUGAAGUUGCCCUCCGUGUUCUAGCAGAAAAGGUCGGUCUUCCCGGUUAUGAUUCCAUGCCUUCAGCUCUGAAUAUGCUGAGCAAACAUGAGCGUGCAUCUUACUGUAACCAUUAUUGGGAGAACCAGUUUAAAAAGGUCUCUCUUUUAGAAUUUUCUCGAGACCGCAAAAUGAUGAGUGUACUCUGUAGCCGAAAACAGCAGGAAAUUAUGUUUUCCAAAGGUGCUCCUGAGAGUAUAAUUUCUAGAUGCUCAAAUAUUCUCUGCAAUGAUGAUGGUUCUGUGGUUCCACUAACUACAGCCAUUCGAGCUGAAUUGGAGUCCAGAUUUCAUAGUCUUGCAGGCAAAGAGACCCUAAGAUGUUUGGCUCUAGCUUUAAAACGAAUGCCCAUGGGUCAACAGACUCUCUCCUUCGAGGAUGAGAGAGAACUUACAUUCAUUGGCUUGGUUGGAAUGCUUGAUCCACCAAGGAAGGAAGUAAGAAAUGCGAUCAUGUCAUGUAUGUCUGCUGGCAUACGUGUUAUAGUUGUCACUGGGGAUAACAAAUCCACUGCAGAGUCUCUGUGUCAUCAAAUUGGUGCAUUUGAUUUGGAAGAUUUUUCUGGACGCUCCUAUACAGCUUCGGAGUUCGAAGAACUUCCAGCCAUGCAGCAAACACUAGCACUGCAGCGCAUGGUACUCUUCACCAGGGUUGAACCGUCUCAUAAAAAGAUGCUGGUUGAAGCUCUGCAACACCAAAAUGAAGUGGUUGCAAUGACUGGCGAUGGCGUUAAUGAUGCACCCGCACUAAAGAAAGCAGACAUUGGAAUCGCCAUGGGUUCAGGAACAGCUGUUGCAAAGAGUGCUUCAGAUAUGGUAUUGGCUGAUGACAAUUUUGCUUCAAUUGUUGUGGCUGUUGCAGAGGGAAGGGCUAUAUACAAUAACACAAAGCAGUUUAUCAGAUAUAUGAUCUCUUCCAAUAUUGGAGAAGUUGUUUGCAUUUUUGUUGCGGCUGUGCUUGGCAUGCCUGAAACUUUAGUUCCUGUGCAAUUACUUUGGGUGAAUUUAGUUACUGAUGGAUUACCUGCUACCGCUAUUGGUUUCAACAAGCCAGAUUCAAAUGUGAUGAUGGCUAAGCCUCGUAAGAUUAAUGAAGCUGUGGUGACAGGGUGGUUAUUUUUCCGUUAUUUGGUUAUUGGAGCAUAUGUUGGUCUUGCGACUAUCGUUGGGUACAUAUGGUGGUUUGUUUAUUCUAAUAAUGGUCCCAAAUUACCAUAUUAUGAUUUGGUUAACUUUGAUACUUGUUCAACUAGAGAAACAACAUAUCCGUGCAGUAUAUUUGGUGAUCGGCAUCCGUCAACUGUAUCAAUGACAGUGCUUGUUGUUGUUGAGAUGUUUAAUGCAUUAAAUAAUCUCAGUGAAAAUCAAUCACUUUUUACAAUUCCACCCUGGAGUAAUUUAUGGCUUCUCGCAUCAAUUGUCCUCACUAUGAUUCUUCAUAUGCUAAUCUUGUAUGUGGAACCUCUUUCCAUACUUUUCUCUGUUACUCCAUUGUCUUGGGCAGAGUGGCUUGUUGUUCUUUAUCUUUCUUUUCCUGUUAUAAUAAUUGACGAGGUACUGAAAUUCUUCUCAAGAAAUUCUAGAGGUGCUAGGUUCAAUUUCAGAUUCAGGAGACCUGAUUUACUACCGAAAAAAGAAGUGCGUGACAAAUAAAGGUUAGAGCCUUAUAAAAGCUGAAGUUCUUUUGCAUGCUUGGUUAAAAAUCUUACAGAAGUCGAGGUGACGCCUGAUCAUAAUCAUGAAAAUGGAGAUCACAAAGCCCCCAUGGUUUUCGAAUUACCCCAUGAGGGGGACACAGAAAGUGGAACCCUUUUGGAUGAAUGGAUAUCUUGAUACGGAUGUAGUUUGUAAGCGAAUUCAAUGGUAAUGGGGCAGCAUAUUUAUUCUUCUCCUCAAAUAGGGAAAUAGAGCAGCCAUGUUGUUCAGGGCACCCACCUGCCUCCUUUUUUUUUGGGUCCUUUUUUUCUUGUGUGUGUGUGUGUGUGUGUGUGUGUGUGUGAGAUAUGGAAAGGAAAUUUAUGAGAUUGAUUUUUUCCAGGCAUUCCUUUGUUUUACACCUAUAUUGUACUUAUUGUACUCAUGAUCAAAGAAGAAAGAAAUGUUACACGUUUUCUA